AUGGAAGUCAGUAUUGGCUCCGAGUCGAACGCGGACUCGCAAGCGCACGAGAAUCCGCCCGCGAAGCCUCGCGAGUUGGUGAAGCGGCUUCGUUAUCCUCAAGACAGGCCCGGCGCCGUGGACGUGUACAACGAAGACAUUGCCAAGCUUGCAGAAGGCGAAUUCCUCAACGACACCAUCAUCGAGCUUGGUCUCAAGGUGCUACACGAGGAGAUACGAAAGCGAGACAGCGAGCUUGCAGAUUCGAUCCACAUCUUCUCCUCCUUCUUCUACAAGCGGCUGACGUCGACAGCGCCGCGCGACUACUCCAGAGCCUACGAGCUGGUUCGAAAAUGGGCUAAAGUAAGCAUCUUUACCAAGAAGUAUUUGGUCCUUCCCAUCAACGAGUCUUUGCACUGGUACCUCGCCAUUGUUGUCAAUCCUUCUUACGCUGUCGAUGAAGGUCGAAUAGCUGCGAUGUAUGAGAGACCAUCGGAUCCAGAGCGAGAACCCGAAGGCGCGACAGUGCUCGUCUUCGACUCUCUUGCGGGCAAGCACACCAAGGUGACGAAGGAUCUGACGAAUUACAUGAAGUACACUUGGCUUGAGCAGACGGGCAAGUGGCAAGAGGAGGCUAAGAGAACCGACGUUUCAGGGCCUAAGCAGCCGAAUUACUGCGACUGCGGACUUUUUGUGCUGCAUUACUUCGAACGUUUCUUCAGCGAUCCUGACAAAUUUUGUCAAGAUGUCAUUCCUUCCAGACAGCGGGAUCAUGAGGAGUGGAAGAAGGAGGAAAUUGAGCUCGGCAGAAGGCAGCACUGGCGGGACAAAAUCGAAGAGCUAGCCCAAGCAUGGGAGAGCAAGGAGCGUGAAACUCUCGAACAGAGAGCUUUAGCCAACGCUCUGAAGAAGGAUGCGGACAAGGCGGCAAAGGAGAGCGAAGACGCGACGAGGCAAGCGGCAGAAGCGAUGGAUGAGAUGGAGGUGGACGAUGCAAUGCAAGAGUAG